AAUCCCUGGUAUAAUCUCGUGAAAGGCGCACGCGCACGGCAGAAAGAGUACAACAUAGAGUAACCCUUUCGGCGCAUUUACAUCCAGUCACCAACCAGACCCGGGCAAUAUCUCAAAACAUGGACCGCAAGGCCUUUGACAUUCAGCCCAUUGGUCGCUUCUACGAAGCUAGCGCUGCCAUUCGACGUCCGAAGGAGAUUGCAUGUUUCUCUUACGAUGAUGAGCAUAAGUUCCAUCUCGGGGAUUCAUCGAUGAAAUAUUACUAUCCCCCAUGCCUCCCCGCGGACCUGAAUCGCGGUUUCGAGUCAUUUCAAAAGCUAGAUGAUUCAGCUGAUGAGCAUCUAGACGCUCUGCUCGAAACAGUCAUGGCUCUGGAACAAGAAACCCAGAAGAAAUGUGAAGCUGAUAUCAUCACAUGGAGAGGCAUGAUGACCAAGAUCCUUGCAGCUCCAUUUGAUAACUUGAAUGGAUUUGAAAUGAACGCGACCUGCUUCCAGGGCACAAUAUUUAUCGAAGAGAACAACAGCUACAAAAAUGAGCAGAAACGAGUUCAGAAGAACCAACGAAUGCCUCCGGGAAUGGCGUCUCAGGAUCUGAUGGCCUACUGGGGCUAUAAAUUCGAGACUCUUUCAGUGCUCGAUCAGCCAUGGGACCCGACUCCUCGCAGAGAAAUUGAAAACCGAGAGGAGCUCAUUGUAAACAACAAUGCCCAGUAUUGUUCAGUGGUGCGCACUGCCAUCGGCCGCGCACGCCUAGUUAUUGGUGGGGAGGUAGAUGCAAUCUGGGAUUGCAAACCUGAGCGAAAAGAAGAUCCCAUCCAUUGGGUAGAACUGAAAACUUCCGCCGAAAUAAGGAAUGACCGGGACAUGGUCAAAUACGAAAGAAAGCUUUUGAAAUUCUGGGCCCAGUCAUUCUUGCUCGGUGUACCCAAAAUCAUUGUCGGCUUUCGGGACCAACAAGGUAUCGUCCAUCGUCUUGAGGAGCUCGAGACUGCCGCCAUACCUGGAAAAGUCAAGAAGCUUGGCCGGGGGACUUGGGACGGAAAUAUUUGCAUUAACUUUGCUGCCACCUUUCUUGAAUGGCUUAAAACUACUAUCCAAGAGGAAGGCACAUGGAGAAUACGCAAGCGUGAGAAAUCGUCACUAAUCGAAGUCUUUAAGGUGGAAGAAAGUGGAACUGGCGAUAUCAUCUCACCAGCAUUUUCAGCCUGGAGAUCCAAAUCUUGAGCCAUACAAACACUGAAUCAUUGACAUUUUUUCUUAAAUUCCAAUGGUUCUGCGUCUGUGGACUACUCCAAUAAGAGAGACUCUCCGCGGCCCCAAGUUGCGCAAAAGUGAUAGGGCUGCUAAUCAAACCGCACAUAUGGAUAUGCAUGUCUCUUGGCUUGAUGCAUAUGAUCUCGCUUGCGACAUCGUCUGAACUGACCCGGUCGCUGGACGGAUCUAACCAGUGCAGUGACUAGUAUGUGCCGUGCAAUCACUGCAUAUAAUGCU